AUGAAGCGGUCCCACGAGGCGGUUAGCCUCGAGAGCCCUCCAAGGAUUAACGGGGAGGGCGAUUCGACUCCGUCCAUCAUUGCGCCAAAGAUAUCGAAAGCUCGCGCAUGCGCAGAAUGCAAACGCCACAAGAUCAAGUGCGAGGUGAAGCCUGGAGAGACCAGCUGCACCAAGUGCCUCAAAAGUGGUGUCAAAUGUGUGGCCAAUGAUUUCUCGCAGAGAUUUGUUGAUGAUGAUAUUAACUGGAAGGCUCAAGCCACCAACAAGAUGCAGCGCCUUGAGGCCGCCGUAUCGUACAUUCUUCGCGAAAACAAGCUUCCUUCUCUCUCAGCUUUCGACUUCGCUCCCUCACCUGGUGCCCCCUCUGACCUAAGCUCUACGCCAAACCAUGCGCCUAGCGAACCCCGUGUUAGCGAUGCAAAUGCUAGUAAAUCCUUGGAUAUGACAAGAGAAAACUCCCAGGAACCGAUGCCGGAAGAGCCGGACCUUGUACCCGCACCUAUGGGUACUUUAUACGAGGUCACAAAACUUCGCAAUCUGCGUAGCAAUCAUCUUGGGAAACCCAAGUCAACGCUGAUGGAAGAGGAUUUUAUAUCGAGGGGUUGCAUCACACUUCGUGAGGCAGAGGAACUCUUUGCUUAUUUCCGCCGCACCCUGAACCAGCUCCUCUGGGGUGGAAUCAUUCUGGUACAUCCGGACCUACUUUCCGUUCGGAGGUCAUCAUCGCUCCUAGCUGCGGCAAUAUUAACGGUGUCUGCACUCCAUAUCCCUAACCGGACGGAGACCCUCAAUAGAUGCUAUAAUGAAUUUAUUUCGUUAAUUGGUGCCGCCACGUUAUCCAGAUAUCACACACUAGAUGACAUACGAGCACGAUGCAUCGGUGCAUUCUGGCUUCCAGAUCUCAGCUGGAAGCUUUCUGGGCAAGCAGUACGGAUAGCAACCGGAAUUAAUUUACAUCACAGCUUUUUGAAGAUGACGAGGGGCCAGACCGAUCAGUACGAGCGUGCAAAACUCUGGUACUUGAUUUAUGUCUGUGAACAUCAUUUUAGCAUUGCAUAUGGAAGGCCUCCUUCUAUACAUGAGGAUGCUGCGAUUAAAAAUUACGAAACGUUUUUGCAGUCUCCGUCCACCGUUCCGGGAGAUGUUAGACUCAUUGCCCAGGUAGCGUUGUUCGUCAUUUUAACAGAAGCUUAUAGGAUUUAUGGAUCGGAUACUGAGCAGGCAUUGACUGAAUCUGACUUCGGGCAAUUACGGUCCUUUAAUGCGGCUAUUGAACAGUGGAGGCUUCUGUGGCAACCUCGAUCUCAGGACAACCCUUACGUUCGAACAUAUCCUUCGAAAGGCGCAGUAUUGCAUUAUCACUUCGCCAAAUUCCAGCUCAAUUCACUGGCACUUCGUGCUAUUUCGCCUAAUAUGCAGUUCUCUCCAGAGCGUAAAGAAGCUGCCAAUGUGGCCAUAGCUUCAGCAAUAGCGACCCUCAACCUUGUGCUAGAUGAGGUUGACCUGCGCGAUGCUGUCGUGGGCGUGCCUAUUUUCACUCACACUAUGAUUACAUUCUCUGCGGUCUUCUUGCUCAAAGUCGCUGUGAUAUGGAACACAGGGUAUCUCAAUGUGGAUGCUGGCCAGGUACAGCACCUUGUUGAGAAAAUCAUUGACCUGAUUACCUGUGCAAGUGCGGGAGAAAAGCAUUUAACGCGUCACAUUUCGAGGGGACUGGGCAAAAUGCUCGAACGAUUCAAGGCAUGGAAUCGGUCCGCCGCAACCACAUCUCCUGAGAAUGGAAACAUGGGUAAUACCAUGAUUGAUAGUGGAACCGAAAGUAGUACUAGCUUUACGCCAUCGAAUAUGUUAAUAUCCGACAUGAUGGGCGCGUAUGGGUUCAACCUUGAUGAACAUUUUCUUGACCCGUACAUGCCCAGCUACGGAUUUUAUGCCACCUGA